AGACGCUAUAAAUUUGAGACUCCACCCGCCGUACCGAGUAUUCUCCAGUUACAUUUGACUUGUUGAAAGUAGGAUAUUAUUCUUCUCCGCUUCUUGUUAAGGUCUAGUGUUGCUGCAAGGAGCUGCAAUAAGGAUUGAUAUUGAGUGUUUUUCUGUGUUCUACUAAAAUAUUGCAUUGUAUUAUGAAGUGGUUGAUAACGAUUGGCCUUCUGGCCCUUUCAUCUUUAAUGGUCAGCGGACAAACACAACCUUUAUGCGAACCAUAUUUUGUAUAUAACAAUGGCAGCUGUUACAGAUUAACAGGAGGACAAAGCUUCACAUCUACAGGAGUGAGGAUACGUCUUGAAGGUAUGCCAUUCAUGCAAGCUAACACGUACUGUAAGAGCUUGCACCCUGAUGCUCAUCUUGUCGUCAUCAACGACGCCGUCGAACACGCUUACCUAUUCGAUAUGUUCUACGGUUUAGAGCCCAUCGAGACCUGGGUUGGUCUCUUCUAUAACGCUACAACUUUGGCAUGGGAAUGGGUAAAUGGUGACCCAGCAUAUUACCAGCCAUGGGAGCCUUUCUACGGAGAACCCUUGAUCCUCGCAGAGGGCGCUGCAGUCAUGUUCAUGAGCGAGGUCAUCACGGCGCAGACCACGCUACAAUACGGAUACGGUCUUGAGUGCUCGGAUUACCUGGUCACAGAGAUGCAAGAAGAGCCUCUUCCAUUCAUCUGCGAGUACUCCGUGACCUUGACAGAAGUCAAUACGACGUUCGUUGAUACCAACACGACAGCGACUCCGAACACGACAGCUAGUAGCAAUACCACCACGUUUUCGCCCUAUGUAACCAAUCCUCCUCCAACGAUGGCUCCUCAAGUUCUGUUCCAGCAGGAAGCCCGGCCGAUGCCGUUGUCCAAUCCUGGUAAGUUUGGCUUCAUGAGGGAGGUUACGGCUGAAGAAAGGAAACGUGCACGUCCCGCUUACAGUGGACCCAUGGCUUACAACCGAAGAGGACCACAACGGAAUAACGUCAAUCCAUUCAUGGCCUUCCCAUAAAACAACUGUAGUCCUCCUGGACCCCAUCUUACAAAGACCCGAGAUAUAUCUGGGUCCUGUUUCAUAAAGAUUUGUUAUAGUAACAAAAGUACUAUAUCGACCAAUCACAUUGAAGGAUUUCAGUAGCUUUUAACUGUUAUUACAAAUUUGCUAUCAUAGCAAGUUUUAUGAAACGGGACCCUGAUCAAUCUGAACUAUGGAAAUCCAUCAAUAAAAGAAAUCGUCUGACAGGAAAUGUACACAAAAUCCCUUUGAAGUAAAGACGGACACCGAUCUGUCGAGACAGUAAUACAUGUGACAGCGCAUUUAGAACAACAACCAAAAAAAUGAACGGAUGUGUGCAUUCUAGACAUUGGCAUUGCUGGCUUUCCAUAGCUACAAGUUUGGAUCAGUCGUAGCUCUUUGUAAGACGGGCCUCAGAACUGUUUUACUCGGUUAGAUUAUGAAGAAAAGAUUGAAUCAAACACCUGGGCUCUGUAACACAAAGGUUUGCGAUGAAGUGCUAA